AUGACUUCGGCGUGCAGCAAAAUAUAUGAUACAAAGGGCGAAAUUCACAACCAGUUGCUUAUAUGCAAGCGUUUGUUAAUUCCUUACUAUGUAGUAUAUCUUAGCACCGUGAAUCCUGGUCAAAUAUACAAGCUAAUGGAUCAAGUUUACUGUAGACAAGACGUACGAAAAUCGCGCUCCGCUAAAUUCGAGCACCAGAUCCUCCAUCUUCCGGGUACUGCGGUUCAGGUCGUCUACCUGGUGAAUUUCCGCUUCCAGGACGAACGCUCCGUAGUCCCGGCGCCUCAGAUCCUUUACCUGGAUUGGCGCUCCGUAGUUCCUGGGCUCCAGGACUGGCGCUCCGUAAUUCCUGGGCUCCAGGUAUUCUACCUGCUGAAUUUCGACUUCCAGGACGAGCGCUCCGUAGUCCCGGUGCCUCAGAUCCUUUACCUGGUGAGUCUCGAAUUUCAGAACGAGCGCUCCUUAGUUCCUGGGCUCCAGGUAUUCUACCUGGAGAAUUUCGACUUUCAGGACUGGCGCUCCGUAGUUCCUGGGCUCCAGGUAUUCUACCUGCUGAAUUUCGACUUUCAGGACCGGCGUUCCGUAGUUUUUGGGCUCCAGGUCGUGUACCUGGUAAAUUUCGUCUUUCAGGACUGGCGCUCCGUAGUUCCUGGGCUCCAGGUAUUCUACCUGCUGAAUUUCGACUUCCAGGACGAGCGCUCCGUAGUCCCGGUGCCUCAGAUCCUUUACCUGGUGAGUCUCGAAUUUCAGAACGAGCGCUCCUUAGUUCCUGGGCUCCAGGUAUUCUACCUGCUGAAUUUCGACUUUCAGGACCGGCGUUCCGUAGUUUUUGGGCUCCAGAUCGUGUACCUGGUAAAUUUCGUCUUUCAGAACUGGCGCUCCGUAGUUCUUGGGCUCCAAGUAUUCUACCUGCUGAAUUUCGACUUCCAGGCCGAGCGUUCCGUAGUCCCGGCGCCUCAGAUCCUUUACCCGUGAGUUUCGAAUUUCAGGAUGAAUGCUCUUUAGUUCCUGGACUCCAGGUGUGAGAACUUAUUAUGUCUUACUGAAUAAAUUAUGAAUACUAAUAAAUAAAUAUGAAUAAUCACAGUCAUCGUAUCCCCUUUUGGUACACCCCAACGUCAUCGUCUGUGUUAACAAGUUGAAAAAUCUCAAACGAUACACCUCUUUUGUUUUAAGGGCAUACAGACUGAGGUGAUUCGCGAUAUAUAUAUAUAUAUAUAUAUAUAUAAAUAUAUAUACAUAAUUUAUUGUGCAGUUAUAGGUUCUCAAGUAUAUUAUGACAUUGUGUCAUCCGAAUAUUUAAUGACCUAUUAAUUUUUAAUUACUCACCCAAUCGAUUUACAGAUCGUAGCAAGAGCACCAGCAUAACGGUAAUUAUCUAGUCGAAUAGAUACAUCGUGAUGGUAUAUUUUCUCAACAUUGAAUAUCCAUUUACGUCAUUAUCUAGUUUUCGCGUUUCACCAGGUAGACUAUUACGUAGACUAUAUAUUACGAUGUAUACGAGUGCGAUUAUCAGGUAGUCGGUUAAAUCUGACUAUUUUACGAAUAUAUGGUAAACCGCUGACAGUAAAGCUUAUCCAAUCGAACAUAGCGAUCGAACGAGCACAAAAAUCAUCUAUAAUUAUAGGCAUACCGACGCCGAGCGAGCUUUAGCGAGCGAGGGUUUUGCAGCUAGUAACUAUUAAAAUGACGUGGAAUAUUCGGUUUCCAAUUCCAUUUACUCACCAUAUCCCAUGCAAAUUCUACUUGCGAAAUAACAAUUCCGAAAAUCUUGUCUGCUCUCAGUAUUCAAACUUCGAGAAUUCAUACGCAUGCCUAUAAUCAGAUGUUCGAUCGCAGAUCAUAGAUUCGAAAAUAUUUAGAAACCCUAAAGAACAGCCUGAUAUGGUGUCUGAAUUCAAAUGGGGUGUGUU